CUCCGUAGAGCUAUUAACACCAUGGCUUCCUACAAGCACUUCCUCGUCGAUACACCUUUUCCCUUUGUAGCACAUGUGCAAAUAAACCGGCCGAAAAAGAUGAAUGCCUUCUUCGAGGAAAUGUGGCUAGAAUACAAAACCGUCAUAGACACCCUCUCCCUGUCCCCCGACAUCCGUGCCAUAAUUGUUUCCGGCGCCGGAGACCGCGCCUUCUGCUCAGGUCUCGACGUGCAAGCCGCAAGCCAGAACGGCGUAUUGGCAGAGAAGAAGAAUUCAACACCAACGGAUACGGCGCGGAAAGCGGUGGCGAUUAAGAGACAUGUGCAGGAGUUCCAGGACUGUAUUAGCAGUGCCGAGAAAUGCGAGAAGCCGGUUAUUUGCGUAAUGCAUGGAAUCUCCUUCGGUCUGGCAAUCGACAUAUCUUCAUGCGCCGAUAUCCGAAUCUGCACAUCAGACACGAAAUUCGCCGUCAAGGAAGUCGACAUCGGCCUCGCAGCAGACAUCGGGACGCUCUCUCGACUGCCGAAAAUCGUAGGCAGCUUCUCCUGGGUAAAAGACGUCGCUCUCUCGGCGCGGAUCUUCUCGGGCGAUGAGGCGCUGCGGGUUGGGUUUGUUAGUUACGCUUUACCGACAAAGCAAGACGCGAUAGCCAAGGCUUUGGAACUGGCCAAACUACUGGCGGAGAAGAGUCCGAUUGCUGUACAGGGGACGAAGGAGCUGCUGAAUCAUGCGAGGGAUAAUAAGUUGGCCGAUAGCUUGAGGUAUACGGGGGUUUGGAAUAGUGCUGCGAUUCAGACGACGGAUGUGGAGAGGGCUAUGCUGAGUGGGCUGAAGAAGACGAGGCCGACGUUUGAGAAGCUGUGA